AUGAUAUUUAAUAAUUUAAUUUAUAGAGAAAUAUUAAAUCAUUUAUUAUUAUCAUUUCAAUCACCAAUAACAUUAAAAGUUUUAAAUUUUAAUUUUUUAUCAACAUUUAAAUUAAUAUCAAAAGAUUGGAAUGAAAAGAUAUUACCAUUUUUAAGACCAAUAUCAAUUACUUUGAUUGAUUUUAAUCAUCAUCAAUGUUUUUCUUUUUUAUCAGAUUUAAAUUUAAAUAGAAUUGAUUUAUUUUGUUUUAAAAAGAUUAAAAAAGAUCAACAACCAUUUAAUAUUAAUAAUGAAAUGAUAGAGUUUAAACAUUUAAAAAGAUUAUUUUUAGAUUUAAAUUGUUUUACUCUUUCCAAUCAUAGUAUCAUAUGUAAUUUGGAAGAAUUAAAAUUAAAAUUUAAACCACUUUCAAAUUGGAAUCAUCCCAUCGAUGAUCGAUUAUUUCAUUCAAUCUUUGAUUAUUUUGGUCAAUUGGUGUCAUUGGAUUUAUCUGAUAAUAGGUUGGGUCCUGAAUUAUUACAAGAUAAAUUAAUGAUAGUAUUUGGAAGCAAUGUUGAACAUUUAAAUUUGGCUGGUAAUAGUUUAGGUGGUGAAUUGAUUGAAAAGAUUGGUUUAAUACUGUCAACAAAUUGUACUUGUAAAUGGAUUAAUCUAUCAAGAAAUGAAAUUCAAUUAAAGAUUGGUCCAUUUUUAAAACAUUUGGAAAAGAAUAAUACAUUGGAAUAUUUGGAUAUUGGAGAGAAUUUUAUACAUCAUCAUGGUUAUUUUAUAUCAUACUAUUUGUAUUUUAAAAGCCAACAAAGACAGACAUGUUCACUCAAAACUUUAAUUGCAGGAUCGAAUAAUAUACCACCAGAUCAAAUCAUUCCAAUCAUUGUAGCAUCUGCUCAAUGUAAAUUAUCUCAUCUAUCAUUAAUUGAAACAAUGUCAAUUGAUUCGAGUUUAUUACCCAGUCUUGUAUAUGGUAAAGGAUGUUUUGAAGGUCUUGAAUCUUUAGAGUUAUCAAUGUGUACAUCUGGUAUUGAUGCAAUGGAUGAAUUAAUGAUUAAUCAUCUUGUUUCAAAUUUGACAUUCAAAUCUUUGGAUAUUUCAUUUUCACAACUUGAACCAAAUUUACAACCAAAGAUGGCAAAAAUAUUAAGUUUAAACAAAUCAAUCAAUCAUUUAAAUCUUGGUUAUUCAUUUUCAAAAGAUUCAAAUAAUAGUUUUGGAUGUAUAGAAUUUACAAAAGAAUUAAUAUUUAAUCAUUCAUUGGUUAGUUUGGAUUUAUCUGGUAAUGGUUUGGAACCAGAAGAUGGUGCAAUGAUUGGUGUUUGGUUGGAUAAUAAUAAAUCAUUGAUUGAAUUAAAGUUACAAGGAAAUAAUCUUGGUGGUGGUAAUGGCGGAAAAGGAAUCGGUAGAAUAUUUCAAUCUUUAAUAUUAAAUAAUUCAACCUUAAAAAGUUUAGAUUUAAAAUCAAAUAAUAUAUCAAAACUAGACUCUAAUCUAAUAUAUGAUUUGUUAACUCUAAAUACAUCUCUUUUGUGGUUAUCAAUGAAAUCAAAUGAUUUAGGAUUCGAUGAAAAACAAUCAAUUGAAUGGAUAAAUGGAAUAUCAAAAAAUAGAUCAUUAACCUAUUUAGAUUUAUCAAUUAAUAAUUUUGAUCAUUUCUUUCAACUCCUUUUAAUGCAAUCAAUUAAAGAUAAUAAUAAUAAUAAUAAUAAUAUUCUAUCAUCACUUUAUUUAAAUAAUAAUAUUAAUUUAAUUAAUCAAUUUAAUAAUAUUAAGCCUUCAACAAAUCAAAAGAAACAAUCUUCAUCAUCAUCAUCAUCAUCAUCAUCUUUAUCAAAAGUUUCAUUUAUACAUAAAUUUAUUAAAUUAAUUAAAUAA